AUGCCUUCACUUGAUGCUGAGAUGUGGGCGUGGUACGGCUUGACUGUCGUUGUCGUGCUGUCGCGGAUGACAUCUCGUCGGAUGCUGUUGGGAUCAUUCAAGAAUAUGCUGGCAGAUGACUAUCUCAUGGCUCUCACUAUGAUUACAUACACGGCUCUAUUGGCAAUUGUCAGCGUCCUCUCACGAACACCCACCAACCUCAUCAACCCCGACGACCACAUCGUGCUUACACCGGAGGACAUCAAGGAGCGAGAAUACGGCUCGAAACUCGUCCUCGUAACCGAACACAUGCAGAUGAUCACACUCUGGGGUGUCAAAGGUUGCCUCUUGUUCAUGUACAGCCGACUUACACUGAGUUUGAAGCAAAACGUCUUCGUCAAGAUCGUCGCCUGGUAUGUAAUUGUUGGGUUUGUCGUCAUGGAGCUUUUAUGGUUCACUGCAUGGUGUCGGCCCUUCCACAACUACUGGCAGGUUCCACCAGAUGACUUGAAUUGCUCUGCUGAAACCAACCACAUGAUCACAAACGCUGUUAUCAACAUCUCUUCGGACAUCAUGAUCAUCAUCCUCCCAAUGCCUGUCUUUCUUCAAUCCCAGCUACCACUUAAGAGGAAGGUUAUUCUCUGUGGCGUUUUUGCACUUGGAAUCUUCACUAUCCUGGCUGCAACCAUGAGCAAAAUCUACAGUCUCGGCGAUCCUUUCGGUACACAAUGGUCCUACUGGUACAUCCGAGAAGUCUCAACCGCUGUCAUCGCCGCCAACCUCCCUCUCACAUGGACUCUCCUCCAACGCGUCUUCAGACUCGGCUCCUUCUCCGCCCGAUACGGCAAAUCAUCCAACCAGCGCACUGGCGAAGGAACAUCCCGAUUCAGAUCAGCCUAUGGCAACCUCAGCAGCAUGGACCGACGACCAAAGAGGACCACCUUUGUCGAGCCUGGGAUGAGUUUCUCCGAGAGCCAGGAGGAGAUCAACGGCAAGGAUAUUCCGUUGAAGAUCUAUCAGAAGAAUGAGGUUACUAUUAAUAUUACUACGGAGGAGGCGACACCUGAUGGUCAUCGUGCACCGUCACCACCGGGCCAAACUGGGCUUGUGAGGGUCGAUCUUAGUCCUGAUGGGAAUGAGGUUGCUACGAACCGCGAAAGAGCGGCGAAUGAGAUGGAGCUUGGUGUUGUUACUAAGGUCUAUCAUGGAGUGUAA